GUAGUGAAGGACACCCGGCUUACGACAAAGAUUUAAAAAAAAUCGAAAUGGGAAUCAAACAUCUACGAAAAACAAUUACAUGUGUAAGUCACUUCAUGACAUAAGAGCUGUUCAAAUCGCUUUAAAUGUAUUUCUGUGACCAACUAACAUCUCUUUUUCCAUAUCGUCCCGUAGCCAGAAGGUUCAGUCUUCUAUGCUCCGUCUCCAGCUGAUGUAGAGGUAAGGCUAACUAAACAUGUUCAACACCUGAUUUCGGCAAAUGGACAACACAGUAGCCCUUAACCUUUCCACUAGCCCUAGCUGUUUUUCUGACUCGCUAAGGCAUUUCCGCUUCAAUAGUUCAUAGAAGACCACUAGUACAGGAAACACAGCAAGGCUGCAGACGGUGGUUCAACUAAUUUCACAUAGCACCCACUCCCCUCUUGGCAGUGCAAUUCACCACAACUAAUCCACAGCCUCUCUUUCCGUGUCACAAAAUCAAGGAGCCCCAGGGCAAACAGUUGCAUCUCUUUUUCUCUGUUGCAGAAAAGCGUUGCUGCAGCACUGGCCUGUUCCAUUCAACAACUGAAAUACCUCAAUAACUCCAGAAAUCUGCAGUAUCAUAUCAACAAGACUAUUACGCUCCUACAAGGCAUGAUUGUUGAUAAGAAUGUAAGUAUUGAUAUUUUCCCUAAGCAUCUUGCCAGUUCAAAAUAAUUGUUGUUACUAAACAGGUAGGCUCAUACACGUUGGUUUACCACUUUACAUGUCAUUAGACUAAAUCGUACCUUAUCUCCUCAGAGUACGGACUCGUCAGAAUGCAUCCGUGAGAACCCGCUGUUCAAAAUGUCUUUCAAGGACUUUAUGGAAAAUAUUAACACUUUAACUGCAUCUCUAGCUGUCAAACUGUUCCAA